CAGUGUGUAUUUGUGGAGGCACGAACACUGAUCGUAGCGCUGCACGACCUCUCUCUGCUGCUUCAGACUGGCCUCGACAAGCAGACACUUUCCAUCUGCAUCGGCAUGAUCGAGCACGGCGCGAACCCAGACACGCUCGCGGCUGUCAUCAAGGAGCUUCGCAAGGAGAAGGAGUAG